CCAUGAGCGGGCGCAGUGACGAGGCCGGGGAGAGCUCCGGCUCCCAGGCGGAGCCCCAGAAGAGGAGGCCGGGGAGACCGAGGAAGCCCCAGAAAGAGCCCAGUGGAGAGCCUGUCCCCAAGCGACCGAGGGGCCGCCCCAAAGGAAGUAAGAACAAGGGCCCCUCCAAGGCAGUGCAGAAGAAAGCCGAGGCAACCGGGGAGAAAAGACCGAGGGGGCGACCCAGGAAAUGGCCACAGCAAGUCGUCCAGAAAAAGUCUGCUCAGGAAGAAGAAGGAGAAGAGGAAGAAGAGGAAGAGGCCACAGAGUCCCCAGAGGAAGACUAAGCCUUGGCACCGUGAAACCUCUACCUCAUUCAGCUGUCAGGUCUUUCAAAGGGAAAAGACUGCCGUGACCACUUAUUGUUGACUUUUCCACGUGUUAUUUCACUUGGUUUCAUUUCCGACAUCAUUGUGUGGUUCAAUUUACGUGUGCAUCUUUAAAGUCUUUAAAUUCCUUUGAUACAUUUUUUACACAGACCACACAGAAUGCUGCAACACAGGAGACAUCAGACAGGAACUUUUAGUAAUUAGCAGUUCUCCAGGCAUUCUACCUGUCAGGACAGACAAAUCAGGCAGAGACAGACACGUCAUCAGCUCUGGUCAACAAACUUACACUCCAAACUAAAAACAGACUCAGACACCGCCUUUACAGCUUGCAUUAAAAUGCAUCCAGAUAUGAUUGAACGUGAUCACUGUACGUUUACACCUGGUAUUAAUAUGUGUCUCCAGUCACUCUUCUUUGUCUUGAUCUCCUUCCUUCUGACACCCAGAAACGGGGGGAAGACGCUUCUUCAAAGCAGAGUCGUUUUAUGCAGCUGCUUUUAUUCAGCUGUGGUCAGUGGCACCACUGUGCAGAGGGCGAUCGGGAUGCAGGACCACAGUUUGGACUGGUGGGCGAGGACAGGGGACCUUUACAGAUGAAAACUGGGUGUCGAACCUACGUGGACACCGUCAAAUGUGUACUUUAAUUUGGUCAGGGACAAUCUGACUGCAAUUCGAUCUGCCAGAACACACUUUAAUGCAAGCUGUAAAGGGGGUGAGACAGACACAAUGAGUUAGUGUGGCCAAAACCCAAAUGUUGAGAUUUGUGGUUCAGGAUCCUCAGAGCAUCAUCAUCUUCAAAUGAGUAAGAGCGUUAGCAGGGGGUCAAGUCCAGUCAGCGUUUUUUUAUAUAGCCUGGUAUCACAACUCACAAGUUUUCUCAAGGGGCUUUACAAUCUGUACAACAUAUAACACCCAUUCAUCAUUCUGAAAAUCUGAAAAAUUCUAAAAAGUGCAAAUCAAAUGCACUCACAGUGUCACUGCACACACACACACACAACACACACACUCUUUCACACACCCAGUCAUUGUUAAAUAAUUCUCAAGACACUGAGACAGGACAAGGGACUGGAACAGGCUGGUACUGUCAUACAGAAAUGUAGAACAAAUGGCAGCUGUUCAAUAUAUCAGUGUUAGUUGUAAAACAAACCAACCCCUGACCCGCCGACCCCUAACCCAAACAGGUGCUAGACCACCAAGGACAGGGAGACACAGUGGUUCAUCCAUCAUGUCGGCUUAAACCCAUUUAGACAAAAAAACUUGCUGAAGUUGUUAGAAGUGACUCAGGUUUAACUUAAGCACUGAGUGUAUACAUCAUCUUUACAUUUACAGAAAGGCCAUCUCCCUGCGUCUUCUCUCUGUGAUAACAUGCAGCAGAGAAACAGUUUAUUUCAGGUGAGGGGGCAACCUUCAGGGCUGGAGAAUGAAGCCAACGUAAAGGUGCAAAAAGCAGUGUAUUAGCUUCAAUCUCCUACUUAAACUCUCAUUCGUUUAUCAAAAUUUCAAUUUCGAUUUCAAAGUGAAGGGCAAAUUAUUGAUCAGAAUUUAUUGUGCACAGCCUCGGCCUGAACUUUAUGAUACUGUAUUGGACAAUUAGAUUACUGAUUUUCCAGUUUUAGUUUUGAUACACCUGACUUGGUCCAGGAUGCUGGAUAGACCAGAACAUUAGAGCACUACAGAGCUCUGCUUUGCUCUCCCUGUUGUUGGUGGACUGACAUGCCUCUUCUAUUGGUCCAGAGAAUGACAGAACCUCUCUACACCCCGUCGGUACUCCGCUACCACACUGUUUGACAUUGCAUCAAGACUACUGUAAACCAUUUGUUCAGAUCAACCUUAACAAGCUCAUUCGCAUAGCUUUAUCCAGUUUGUUCUUUGUGCAGCAUAGCUUUAAAACCUUGAUUCCAUCGCUGAUGUCAACUGCAACCUCAAGAACAAAAACCACAAGAACAAACCACAGAUUACCUCAUGACACACUGAUACCUGGAUUCAGUAGCAGGGUGACAUUAGACGACUCAUCUCACACUGUAACUUCAGGGAGCCUUACAUUUGUGGAAACCUGAUAGUAUGCCAGCGCUUUCUGGUCACUGAUAUGCAAUAUCUUGUCCUAAUUUCAAACUACCUCUGACUCAGGACAACCAGCUCAUGAACGCUGUUGCUCAGCAGACACAAACCAAUGCACACCGAAACAGUGUGCGUUCAGAUAUUUCAUAAUGUGUUGUAACUUUUUACUGUACAUUAAAGCGAGGUCAUGCGGGUUGUUGUCUUGUCACGGCGGUAUUUGUCUGCAUCUGUGUUGUUUGAUUCAGUCAGGUGAACCCUACACAAUCCUGAAGAAGCAAAAGUCAGAUGCUGCAGUAGCCUUAUUUUUUUCACUUGUGUCCAUCUUUCCUGUUGGUUGUGACAGGACAAGUGCUUUUAUGAUGUUACAAGGAGUGCACAUGCUUCAUGGACAUAACAUUACAAUAUUCAAACUAAAAUAACUUUUCAGCUUCAACCACAUUGUCUGAAUGACAUUUUUUAAAGUGACAACAAAAUGUGUAACUGCCCAUUGUCGUGUGAAACCACAAGUGGCCAAGACUACAAGAGUUGCAGCAGCCACUUUGCAUAAGAAACGUACGACACGGCUGGGAUUUAUUCCUACAAAAGGUGAUAAGAGUUCUGUGUAGUGAUAUUGAUCACAUGGUUAAAGGUGCCAUGUGUAAGAUAUGGGCAGAAAUAUAGUUAAAACAUUCAAGAAAUGAACAAACACUAUCACGAGAAUGUGAAGAUGCCAGAUCUUAGCAAUGUGGCUGAAACGUCAUCACAACCUUCAGGCACAGUGGUCAAAACGAUGAAAAUAAGACACAGGCUGUUAAAAAAAGAAACUUAUCUUCAGUUGGAGACAGACUUUAGAGCCUGCAGGCCAACAUUUGCAGUUUCCUUAUCCAUAUGUUCAUAUUUUCUGCUUCAAAUUGUUGUUGCUGUGGUUGUUUCCAUACAAAAUGUCUUACUAAACGCAGAAACUCCUAAAAUUGCUUUUUUUUAUGUGAAUGGUCUAAUUUUAUUUUAAUACUUGGGAAGAAUACUAUAUAUGUUACUCUUGGUAAGCAGGGGUAUCUCCUUUUUAAUAUGUUAUAAAUGUAACAUUUAAUAUGAAUUAAGUGAAGUUCUUGUUGGGAUGCAGUCUUUAGAGUUUGUCUCCACCAGCACUCGAGCACUUGGUUCUGACUUCCCUGACAUUUUCUUUCUUUAGAGACUCCCACAAAAAGCCUGGAUUCAGUGGUAUGUUUUUAUACUUAAAACACAAAAGCAGCUAACCUAUUAAGUACUGUUUUUUUUUUCAUUUACCUUAAUAUUAAUUUGUAUCUCAACAUUGUAAUGAACAUAUUCUUCAUUUUCUGCAAACUGGGACUUCUUUUUGACAGACUGUUGACUUGAAUUUAUUUUGUACUGAUUUACACCGUGGUUUAAUAAGGAUCAAGUGUUUGUAUGACAUUACAUGAUAUAACUACAAAUGUUUUUUUUUUUUUUUUACUCUGAAUAGCUAGUUUUUCCUGAGUUAUGUACUACCUAUAUAUGUACAGUACCUCAAACAGACAGAUAAAAAUGGACUCAUCAAUUGACAAAUACCUACCUCCAGUCUUUACAAAGAAUGACUUUGCCGGUUUACUGUCAAUAUCAAUUACAUUGUCUUAUGAUAUGAUCUAUAUCAGGACUGCAGAAGUCCUUCAAACCUUCAAAGUGACUUUCAGGUUUUGAAACAGAUAUGUUUGGAUUUUGUAUAUUGCAUUCAUGAAUGUUUUCUUGUUUUUAAUUAGUAGAUAUCGGUAUACUUGAUUAGCUGUUUUGUGUACUUUACACACAAAUGUGAUUUUCUUUUCUUGUGAUAUGGUUAAACCAGACCUGUACUUGUAUAUGGAAUUGCUUCAUACUUAGUGAUGGAUUAUAUCAUUUUUUCAGCUGUCACCAUGGUAUUUUGAAUUGGGCCAGAGGUAGAGCCUCAGAGGAGCUCCACUGAUCCAGUCAAUCUGCUUUCACCAGCAACACCAGUAUGGAAUAGCAGCAAUUUAACAGAGCUCGUGAUGAACUCUCACUUACCAACAGUCUGCACAGUGUUUCCGCCCUGAAUGCAAAGCAUUUUUUAUUUUCACCUUGCUAAAUUCAAAUCUGACCCCUGUACUGUUUGUGCAGUUUGUGUUUAUUCAUCACAAACAGCCAUUGUAACAGCUGUACAGAUGUUAGCUCUAGCUGGUAGCUAGGUAGCAACAUAUUCAUUACAUUACAUGCUGCUGUUGUGUAUUGCCCCUAAGCGUGAAUUUUUUUGCUCAAGUUGAAACAUUCUGAGCUUGUGCAGGUGUGUCUUCACCUCACAUCACACCACUCAGGGCAAAUUUGAGUUUUGCUCAUGUUGACUCAUAAAAUCUGUUGCACGUUCAGUCUGAACAGAGCUUAGCAGUACCAUCAGCUUACUGCUCCUACAACAGUAGGCCUUUUCCAACUUAGUCAUUUUUAGUCAAUCAUAGUGGGAAAAGCACAGGUCCAAAAAAUUAAUAAGUUAAUAAUAAGGAAUUAACACAUGAGUUACACUCGUGUGUGAUGAUUAACUAAACUCUAAAUCUAAAAUAAAUAUAAUAAAUCUCUGCACCACACAAACAGAGAUGAAGCAUAUCUCAUCAUUGUAUAUAGUGUACCCUUAAUUUUAGGAGCUGGUAGCCCACACAUUUCGCCGAGUAAUGUAAAAGAUUUCUGUUACCUUCAAUAAUUAAUGUAUUGAGACACUGUGCAGGCCAUGUUACUUCUAACAAUCUAACCAAACCAAACAGAGAGAAUCACAAGCUGCUGUUAAACCAGCUAGCUGAGAAGUACUGAACAGACUAGCCUGUUGAAGCAGGCUGAUCAGUAGCUUUGAACGAAUGGCUUUGAAACAGACAGGCUUCAUCAUUUGAAGAAUCAUUAAACACCACACCAUCCAUCAGCCAGACAGACCUCAUGUAGACCUGCUAUUAACAUGCCAUCUGUAUGCAUCCAAAUAAAGGAAAAGGCAUGUUAAUGCACACGGAAUGCACUGCAGUCAUGUGACCGGGCAUAUCACAUGAUAAUGCCAGGUGUACAUGGGGUCUAACUGACCACUGAACUUAACAAGCUCCAAGCUUCUUUUGAAGUUUGUCAUUUCCUUCAGGGAUGUGGGCUUGUUCAGUAGAGUAUAAAAUGCCAGUUAAUGUUCUCUGGAAGUGACAUUUCCUUGCUGUUCAGCAGAAUGAUUGUAGAAGCCGCUGUUGAUGAGCUUUCAGCUCUGGGAGUCUUAAUGAAGUUUCUCUUCAUGAUUUCAUGUCCUAGUACAAUCAAAUACACAUUACUACCUCCGGAAAGGCCUACUUUUACCUCGUUUCCAAACUUAAAUACUGUUUAAAAUUCAGGUGUCGGAGAGCAUAUGGAGAACAUCUUAAAAUUUUAUAUAUAUAGUUUAUUUUUGUGGGGGAUACAUUUUAUAAGACUGUUUUUCUCUGCCUCUCAGUCACCAUUAGGUAAGACUGGAAAUGUACCUUUGAAAAGGAAUUUUCUUACCUUAUGCAAUGUUUUGUAGUUAGCUGUGAGGGAAGUUGAAAGAUUUUCCAGCUCUCCCUCUGCCUUGCUUGUGUAUCAUUUCAUGUCUUCUACAGUAUCUAACUUUUAUUGCUUCCCCUUAUCCACAUAGUAUUACUGUGUUUGAUUUCACUACAAAUUUUGCUUGCUUGCUAAAACUCUUUAUAGAUAUUCACUGCAUUUUAUU